AUGGGGGACUCUGAAUCAGAGUCUACUUUGCACAACAACUCACUGUGGUGGCUGGCAUGUGGGAUGUUAGCCCUGUUGGCCAACUCCUGGAUUAUCCUCAGCAUCACGGCCAAACAACAGAAACACAAGCCCCUGGAGCUGCUGCUAUGCUUCCUUGCUGGGACCCACAUCCUUAUGGCAGCAGUACCCCUCACCACCUAUGCCGUGGUGCAGCUGCGGCGUGAGUCCUCCGACUACGACUGGAACGAAAGCAUCUGCAAGGUCUUUGUCUCCACAUACUACACCCUGGCGCUGGCCACCUGCUUCACAGUGGCCUCCCUUUCCUACCACCGGAUGUGGAUGGUGAGAUGGCCAGUCAACUACCGAUUGAGCAAUGCCAAGAAGCAGGCUCUGCACGCAGUCAUGGGUAUCUGGAUGGUAUCAUUCAUCCUCUCCACCCUGCCCUCCAUCGGCUGGCACAACAAUGGCGAGCGCUACUAUGCCCGUGGCUGCCAGUUCAUUGUCAGCAAGAUAGGGCUGGGCUUCGGUGUCUGCUUUAGCCUCCUGCUGCUCGGAGGAAUUGUCAUGGGCUUGGUGUGCGUGGGUAUCACUUUCUACCAGACCCUGUGGGCACACAGAAGACGCCGGCGGUGCCGCCACCAGAGGGCAGAGGAAGCAUCAUCCUGCUCUUCAUCAGCACACACCACUUUCAAUGUGCCAGCCAUUGUAGUGGAGGAUGUACGAGGCAAAAGGAGGUCUUCACUGGAUGGCUCCGAGUCAGCCAAGACCUCCUUGCAGAUGACCAACCUCAUCAGCGCUAUUGUCUUCCUGUAUGACACACUCACUGGGGUGCCUAUCUUGGUUGUGAGCUUUUUUAGCCUGCGCUAUGAUACGGCCCCCACCUGGAUGGUCCUGGCUGUGCUCUGGUGCUCCAUGGUGCAGACCCUGCUGCUCCCCUCCUUCAUCUGGUCCUGUGAGCGCUACCGAGCAGAUCUCCGCACUGUGUGGGAGCAGUGUGUGGCUAUCAUGUCUGAGGAAGACGGAGAUGAUGAUGGUGUGUGUGAUGAUUAUGGCGAUGGCAGGAUCUGCAAAGUGAGAUUUGAUGCAAAUGGUGCUGCAGCUGUGAAACGGGACUCCCGGGACAUCAAGCUGCUACCCAUGCACCACAUGUUGUUGCCCCAGGACAAGGUGCACUACCUGCAGGUCCCUCUCUCUCGGAGAAUGUCACAUGAUGAGACUAACAUCUUCUCCGCCCACCGCUCCACUCCAUCCUUCCUACACAAGUGGUCUUCAUCUGAUGACAUCCGCAUUUCCACCCCCCGCAAGCCUGGAGGCCCCGGCUUCUUGCCUCCUCAGCUGCAUGACUACCAGCACCGCCGACGGCCCCCAGAAGAUGAGCUGACGACCCUACGGCAGUUUUUGGAGGGGGGGCUGAUGCCCCGGGGCUCCAGCUCCAGCGCCUGCUUCUUCCGAGAUGAGAUCACCACGUUCAUCGACGAGACGCCGCAACCCACCCCAGCCUGCAGCCCACGGCACUCCCGUCUCCCACUCACAUCACGCCGCGAUCGCCGCCUCUCCCUUGGCAGCAGAGAGGAGGAGAAUGCCGACCGGCCCCGGCGCCCCCCCUUGGCUGGCAACGAAGCCUGGCAUCUGCAGGACGGAGAGCAGGCGCCGUGUGAAAGGACCCUUGAGGCCUGCGAGGCACAGACCUUCCAGGAUCCCAAACUAUGAGAGACAGCAUCAAAAACAUUCAGUGCCAUCAUGAUUUUUAAAUAAAACUUCAAA